GUUGACCCCCAGCCUAACGGCUUUUGCCAAUACAACUUGUCAAGUUUAGCGGGUGAAUGCAAGGUAUUCUUGUUUUUUUUCUGCUCUCGUCUAUCUGGUGACGUUGAAUGGGGGAGACAGUCAUACAGUGAUUGGGCCACCACGGUCCACUGAGUAAGACGGAUAUAGUCUAACCACUGUUUUUACUUUUCUCCUUCUUAUACUUUGUCUUCUUCAUUCUCUUCAUCGCAAAAGGCAGUAUACGAGGCCGCUCUUGUCGAUAUGCCUCCCCCGGACGAAGGUAGUGCCACUGGACGUGGUCGUCGCCGAUCGCACCAUGCGUGUCUUCCUUGCAGGUUCGAUUCUUUCUCUCCUUCUAUUUUACAUGACUCUACAUUCAAAAAUUAGAGAAAAAGGAAGCUAAUAUACUGGACUCACAGACGCAAGAAGACGAGAUGCCCCGCCGAGAAACCAGCGUGCUCUAGCUGCACUCGCCUCCACCAGCCAUGCUCCUAUCCGCCUCCAAGAAGACCAUCCCAUAGCAGCCGAUCCGUGCGUCAUUGAUGACAUAUGUCCAACGCCACAGCAAGAGUUGACCGUGUUCCUUGUGAAAACAGGAAGAACGAUUAGUGCACCUAGAAGAGAAGCUCGACCGUCUCUUGACAGGCAGGUCGGCAGCAAACGUAACGGUCCAAGACCCAAAUCUCGACCAUUCAUCGACCAAAUCUCUUUCAGUAACGCCUCCGGCAGCUACCACCGCUGAAGGCAACGCCUCGACCACCUCCCCGUCGACAUCCAUCUUCGAAUCCGAUCCCUUGAACAGUCGACCUGCCUCGGCCGAUAUCGCAGCUGGCAUUGGCCUCUACUUUAAAUAUUGCCAUCGGCAACCUGUGUGGUUGUUUGACCGUGACGAAGCCAAUGACCACACGACGAUUACAGAUGAGCUGGCAUGUAGCAUCUUGGCCUUAACGGCACGAUUUUCCCCAAAGCCCGAGCGAUUGGCCAAAUAUGGUAACAAUGCAAGGAAUUUAAUCAUGGGCUGUAUUGCCUCGGGGAGAGUCGGCCUAGCUACAUUGGAGAGUGUAUGCCUGCUUUCAUACUCGUCCUUUAUUGACGGCAAUGUCCACUUGGGCCAGUUUCAUCUCGGACUUGCUCUACAGCUUUGCCAGUCCGCUAGACUCGACCACGACACAGCCUACUCUGACGACGAUCCGCUCACGGAGAGAAAGAAGCGGCUCUUUUGGAGUCUGCAGAUUCUGGACCACUAUCACGGCCAACAGCCUGGCAUUCUCAGCGUGCCUAGCGACAUAUGGCCGCUCGAAUAUCAUUUGAGCUCCGACAAGAAGCACCGUCUAGAUCAAGACGUCAAGAUGCCGCCGCCCUUCCCCCACGACGAUAUCGGCCAUUCCCAGCGCAGCGAGCCUGGAAUUUGGAACACAAGCGUAUAUCUCGGCUCGGUCUGGAGCAAAGUCAGGACCUAUGUGUCCAAUUGUUCACGGGGUAUCUUCAAGGAGCCGUGGAGACGCGACUCCAUGUACGCCAUGGUGGUGUCGGACUUUAUGGAGGUGGAAAACCGCAUCCCAAUGCGUCAUCGGUACGACUCGGUCAAAUUCUAUGAACGCAAGGUUGAGGAGCUGCGAGUUAAUCGCGACUACUGGACACCAUGGCUCAAAGAGCAGUUUACCUAUCAUGCCAUCCCAGCUGUAUUAAACCAUCCCUUUUUGUAUAUAGUUGGCGCGCAGCACAACCCAAAUCUCGCCAUCCCACACACUUUUUGGAGGCGAUCGUCGGAGCUGGCCCUCAUUCACUCGACCUGGAUUACACGCCUCAUCGAUAUGGUUAUGGACAAGCAGGUGUUGCUUAUUGACCCCUUCUUCGGUCACAUUGCCGCCAUUGCAGCCACAGUACAUCUCUAUUACUGCUGUGCAGCGGCCCCCAAGCUCAAACACAAGUCCAACACUGACUUUGCAAAAUGCCGACGAUUCUUGAAGAGCUUUUUGCCAUUCUCUCCAGCAUGUGCUGAGCUGGACCGCAACCUGGACAAAAUGGCCAAGAUUGCCGCCGGCUCUGAGAGCAACGAUGUCGAGGACUGGAUGCCCUCUCACAUCUAUCUCAGUGUACCACUUAUGUGGAAACUGCUGCAAUUCAAUUGCACGACGGAUCCGCAGGACGUAUCUGCAGCGGGCCUCUUGACUGCAUCCUUGGCCUCCACGGCUGCGGCUGCAGAGACGGACGAAGGCGUCACGCUGGACAUUAUUGUGGCCACAUCGCCCGAAAUUUCGGUCAAUACGGCGGAUGGAGGCCAAGAUGCACCGACGCUACCAUACUCGGCGGCGCCCGUCCCCGCUACGCCGCAGCCGAGCGUUGCUGCUGCUGCCUCGCGCCUCAGUAGUGGCGUGCAAGCAGCCCUCGGGGGGGACAUUACGGCAGAGUGCCCUGACAGCCUAACCUUUAAUACUACCCCCUGGCUAUAUGCAGAGGGUUUCCCGUCCCACUUUGACAAUAUUGGUAAUAUGGAUUACGAUAUGUCUGAUUCGGGCAGCAACACGGGAGGAGGAGGAGAUCAACUGGCGUGGUGGCAGACGGAGUUUCAUACGGGCUUUGUUUGAAUUUCAUGCAGCCGGCGCAAAAAGUAUUGUUGAUUCCUGUAUAAUACAAAGAAGAAGAUGCAUAUCUAGGGUAUAUUUGUCAUGCUAUAAUUUUAAUAAUUGAUUGGUUGAGAAGACUUUGGUCUCAUCUACACCAAAAAUACAGGGAGUUGCCGCUUUAGGAAAUUCAGGGUCUUUCAGCCAAUCCAUCACCCCCAACCCUGCAGGGUCCAAGCUAUUGUAGCACUGGAAAUGCAAGCAAGGGCCACUAUGUCGCCCGGC